CCACAACUCAAUAAAGCCUCUGCACAUCAAACUCUGUUCUUCCUUGAAAAACCUCAAAAAUCCAACAACUAACCAAACUACACAAUCUCUUAAGCAGAAAACAAAGCCCGCAAAACAGAAUCAAAUUGUACGACGAAGAAAAUGGGGAGUUCAUACACACCAACGUACUACACGUCACUGCACGAGUCUAUCACGACCAUCUGCAAGUCGAUCCUCCCCUUCUCCUUCAAGAAGCGGCGGAUUCCGGCCAUAUCCGCCGCCGAGAACCGCCUUUCCGAGCAGCAGUCGGAUAAUCUCAAGUGGCAGCAGGAAUCGUUCCACCAGAUGCUAAAGCUGAUUGGCCUCUGCAAAGAGGGGAUUAUCGGCCAGGACCAGGUUUCUGAUUUCAGAGCACACGUCAUUCAGACCAUCACUGGCUUGCCUGUGGAUUACGAGGCGCCCAUGAUUUUGAGGGAUAAGCUUAUCUUCUUGCAGGACUUAUUUUACGCAAAUUGCAUAACCGAGGACGAGUACCAUGCUUCAAAGAGGCCACUGCUGCAAAGGCUUGCAGUCCAAGGCGCCAAGAUUAGGGAAAGUGACGUAAUAAUCGAGACCCACAACAGAAUUCCAAACGAGGAGUGGUCCGUUUUAUAUUUAAAGGAAAAUAAACAAUGUUCGGUUAAUCCAGAUAGAUUGAUGCUAGAGAACAAACCCAAAGAAGGCCCGGGAACAAGUCACGUAAAGAAAGAAUCAACUGUUUCCAAGCUUCUGAGUUCGAAGGAAAACCCAUUUUGGGAUUGUGAUUUAAGCGAAAAUGAAAGUGAGACUAAAUCGAUUCUCAUGAAGGAGACCUUAGGGAAAAGUUCCAAUGAGAAAGCGAGAAGGAAACCGUUCAGUGGCCUCUUCAAAAGAAAUGAACGUAAUCCGGCUGUUGAGGAAAAAGAAAAAUCGAAACUUGUGAUGAAGAGUAAUUGGGGUUUUGAUGGGCUUAAGAAAUGGAUGAAGAAUGAGUCUGAGGAUGAAUCGGCUCCUUUGUCUUGUAAUGAGAAAUCGGAUGAUUCGGGUUACAAUAAUGGCGGGACUGAACCGAAAAACACAGUGGUGGGUGAAAAAAGACCAGAAAGCAAGAAAACAACAAAGGAAAAAUUAUUAGUUCAUGAGAAUGGAUCAGAGACUAACUUUAAUGAGGAGAAGAAGCAUAGUUUGAGAAAAUGGACGAUGUUUGAUGAUGAUGAAGAAAAUGCGCAUCCAAAUUUGUUUUCUAACCAAACCCAUUAUCCGUACAGCUCCAUGAAGCAAGACAAGUUCUUCUCAUCCUCUGCCAAUACUCGCUCAUCUUUGAACAGUAGCAGUGGCAAUGAUAAGGGCUUUAGAUACAACCCUUUCUUCGAAGUGCAAGAUUAUUAAACAAAAUCGCCUUUUUGUAAGGCGGUGUACCUGGCAGGAUGCUGCUAAAUUUGCUGAUGUGUUUUUCUUGUUGUAAACACUAAACUGGCUCUGUACAAGAAUAUGUAUGUUGAUGAGGUAUUUUUUUUCAUUUCAUGUAUGAAAUGUAUGGUCCUAUUAAGCAUGUUGUCAGUCUGCUGCCUAGAUAUGAAUUUUUCCCUUGCAUCUUAAACAGGCAGCUGAAGUCGAAUAAAGUGUGAUUCCGAGUUGCGCACACAGAUAAAAGAUCAA